CUUGAGAGUGGCCAACAUCAGUGGCAAAGUCUAUACCCAGGCGUUCGAUUUCUGAAAGAUACAUUUGUCGAUUCGCCUGAGCGAGAGAAUGGAUUAUCUGGGCUCUUUCAUCUGCUGCUGCAUUCCCUCGAAAAGCAGCUGUGAGGAAGCGCCAUCCGAACCGGAGAAAGCUCAGUCUCUCCUCAUGUGUCGCAGUUGGACCCAAACAGCGAAAUACAUGAAGGGCAAAGUAGGGCGGAGCGACGCAUAAAGUAUCUAUACGUGGUCUCUCCGUUUCUCCACUCAUUGCGUUUCCCUUCUGUGUCAAUAAACCCUUCAAAUGUUCCAGUUGCAUCGUGUACCACUCGCGGGAAGUGUCCGAAAGGACUUUCCAGAGAACUGAUACCCUCGAAAAUAUGUGCAUUGAAGCUGCGGGUACAAUGCUGUUGGCGUUUCUGGCCGUUGCUGCGACCCACUUAGGCUGCACUCGCGAGUCUUGGGGAAUAGACCUACCCAUGGGGUCUCCUUCCAGAACAGUUAUUUCGCAAUUGUUAAUUGAACGUAGGCGUUUGGUUAACGCGUGUGCAACAGAUACACCGGCUAUCCCUCCACCUAUGAUGCCGACUUUCACUUUGGGAUCUUUUUUGAAAUUUCCAACACAGGUCGUUUGAGAUUCCGACUGCUCCCCAUGCGAAGUAAAAUCCUUUUUGAGACUGGGGCUGUUCAAGUAAACACAAGAAGCUGGUAGUUUGGCAGUGCACAUCGGUUGUCUUAUUCUUAGGCCAAACGGAUCGGUAAGUGGCAAGAAGGCCACCUGCGACAGUACACUCAAAUAAUGGAAGCUUUUCAUGACGUUGCAAUAGUGCUCAGAGUUCAUUUUGCUCUGAAUGUCGGUUGCAUGCUCGGCUUAGGCACCUCGGUGGCAUGUGCUCUAUAAGAAAAGCUCCUUCGUCUGCCACUCAAAUCCUAUCAACCGUGAAGAAUACCUUUCUGGGUAGUUCCUUGUUGCGAUCACAGAGUGGAUUCAGAAGAACUCGACCGACGAUUUUUACCUGUUGUUGACGCAUCAAGAGCUCAGUCCUACGCAUCAUGUGACUGAGUAGGGCAUGGUAGACGAUACAAACAAAUCAAUCGUGACCAUCAAAUGAUUAUUACAUGUGUUCGCAUUUUACAUUUGAGUUCGCAUCCUGGAAAGAAAGAGAAGUCCAUCGCGUGAACCUUGACUGUGAGUUCCCAAUUGAUUCUGUUGCCGCCAUCGACGUCAUCAAUAUUUUGCUUCCAUAAUCUUUGGCAAUUGACUCAAAAGCUGCAGAACUCUGUCAGUCAACAUUUCCUCGAGGAUCGUCAUAGGCGACACCUAUUGUACAAGCGAGAUCUCACCAGAGGCUUCUCAACUACAGAAUAACUGUAAAACUGCGACUUCGAAAUAAAAAGAAUACAAAACCGGCCGUCUUCUUACACCAAUGGUCUCUCCUUUGAUUGAAAGACUUACAACCUGCGUUGUGGGUGGAGGGAACUCGGCCCACGUUCUGGUCCCAUUCCUAUCGGAAGCUAGACACUCAGUAAACUUACUGACCCGCCGCCCUCAGGACUGGAAUCACGAUUCCAUAACUUGUCAGCUAACAGACGGAACUACGGGUCAAGUAGCUGCGACUCAUGUGGGCAUGCUGGCCGCUUGUUCCGCAAAUCCGGCCGAUGUCGUUCCCAACGCCGACAUUGUCAUUCUCUGUAUGCCGGUGCAUUCCUACCGAGAGGCUUUGGACCGCAUCGCCCCUUAUUUGAGCCGCAGCAAAUCUCACGUUUAUGUGGGAACGAUGUACGGCCAAGCUGGAUUCAAUUGGAUGGUCCAUGCCAUGGAACGAGAGUUCGGCUUGACUAAUAUUGUCGCAUUUGCCUGUGGAAGUAUCCCCUGGGUUUGUCGUACCGUGAAGUAUGGAGAGCUGGUGGCCAACUAUGGAGGGAAACACGUGAAUGUGGCAGCCGUUACGCCCCACAGCCAAUUCGACAAGUUGAACCGUGUCCUUUUACAGAACCUGAGCGUAAGGCCGCUCGGUAUGGGUGCAUUCCGGCAAGCCGAAAGUUUUCUCUCCCUCACACUGUCCGUCGACAAUCAAAUCAUUCAUCCCGCCCGGUGCUACGGCUUAUGGAAAAAGUAUGGAGGAUACUGGAAAGACGAGGCCCACGUACCGUACUUUUAUCGUGAUUUCGACCACACAUCCGAGACCAUUCUGCAAGCGCUAGAUCGCGACUAUGCUGCCGUUAGGAGUGCUGUUCGGAGGAGCUUCCCGUCGAAACAAUUUCCGUACAUGUUAGACUAUUUCUCGUUGGAAAAGCUAAAUCACAAUUCGUCCCAUGCCGGAAUCUUGGCAACCUUUCGGGACAGUCCACAAUUGGUGUGCAUCAAGACACCAACCGUUCCCAGUGGCUCUGGCUCACAGAAUCAGUCAGCAGCGAGAGUUUUGGAUACGAAUUGUCGCUUCUUUACUGACGAUAUACCAUACGGCCUGCUCGUGGCGAAACGUUUAGCGGAGCUGUUGGAGCAACCGGUACCUAUGAUUGAUGAAGUAUUGUUGUGGGCCCAAACCUUGCGCGGAGAACAUUUUGUGCACGAGAAGGAUGGGAGCGUGAACUUGGAAUUUUGCUUGCAGAGACAAGGCAAGCUCGCCGUUUGUGGAAUCCCCGAAACCUACGGCAUUACAAAAAUUGAAGACAUGUUGGAUUGAUGAUAUAUCUGCUUUGAGAACGAAAGCGUCUGCUGGAGCCCUCUUUGUGUUCUCUACCAGUAACUAUUCUCGAGUAUUGCACGUUUCACCGGGUAGUGAGUUUGUUCUUUGAGGCUUGGUCUACGGAAAGUACAAAGUCCAACAUGAUAUAGGACCUA